AUGGAGACAACUAGUCUAAAGCUAUACUCGGCCUAUGCAAUCAUAGCUGUAUUUGUUCUACGUUUGCUCACCAACCGAUUUAAGCGAGGGAUUCAGGAUAUCCCUGGCCCAACAUUAGCAAAGUACUCGCGUCUAUGGAAACUUCAUAGUGUUUGGAAAGGUGAUCACCACCUCACAGACAUUGCUCUGCAUCGCAAGCAUGGAUCAUUGGUGCGGAUUGGCCCAAAUCAUAUUUCAGUCGGCGACCCGAGCGCGAUUCCUAUUAUCUAUGGACUAAAUAAAGGAUUUACCAAGUCAAUAUCAUGGAACAAAAGGCCCCAAAUGAACCUCUUCUCGACGAGAGAUGAAAUCUACCACCGCAACCAAAAGCGCAACAUAGCCAACGCUUAUAGCCUCACAUCUCUGCUGGAAAUGGAACCAGCAGUUGACUCUUGUACUGCAAUUUUCACCUCCCAACUCGCCAAAUUUGCUGAUAGCAAAACCCCAGUCGAUCUCGGCAGCUGGCUCCAAUACUAUGCCUUCGAUGUCGUCGGCGAAAUGACAUUUGCCAAAAAGCUGGGAUUCCUCCAAGAAGGACGUGAUAUCGACGGUAUGAUCGAGGCUAUUCAGGGUAUGCUUAUAUAUGCCAGUUUAUGCGGGCAGAUCCCGGAGAUGCAUAAGAUUCUUCUUGGGAAUCCUCUUUUCCCGAUCUUCGUGCCUAGCAUGGAAUCUUGGAACCAAGUCGUGCAAUUUACCCUGAAAGCUAUGAAAUCUCGUGUAUCAAUCCAAGGAGAUGGUGAAAUUGGCCAGGAUGAGAAAGAUGGCGGGAAGGAUAUGCUGUCUCGUUGGAUGGCAAUGCAUGGUGCCGAUCCGGAGAAGUUCUCAACAACAAAUGCUAUUGUUCAUCUAUCCGCGAAUGUAUUUGCUGGAUCGGAUACUACGGCCAUUGCACUCCGUGCAAUCCUGUACUUCCUCAUGAGACAUCCGGAUAUCAUGGUCAAGGUGCAAGCGGAGAUUGAUACUGCAGUCCUCGAGGGAAAAGUCAGCAAUCCUAUUACCUACCGCGAGUCGCUGGCUCAUCUGCACUACAUGAGUGCUGUUAUCAAAGAGGCAUUGAGGCUUCACCCGUCUGUGGGCUUGAUUCUUGAGCGUGAGGUACCGAAGCCAGGCGUGACGAUCUGUGGGAAGUUUAUACCUGCUGGGACGACCGUUGGCAUCAAUGCUUGGGUUGUAAAUCGAAACAGUCAGAUCUUCUAUGAUGCAGACUCGUUUAUACCGGAGCGUUGGAUUGAUAGUUCGCCAGAGAAGCUGAAAGAGAUGGAGCAUAGUAUCCUUACUUUUGGAGCUGGACCGCGGACUUGUGUUGGGAAGAACAUCUCAUUCAUUGAGAUGCAUAAGAUUGUGCCACAAUUGCUGCGAGAAUUUGAAAUCCGAUUGCAUAGCUCGGAGGGAUGGAAGACGAGGAACAUUUGGUUUGUACAGCAAGAUGGGCUGGUUUGUGAUCUUGUACGGAGGAAUGAGACAUAG